ACUCUCUACCACAGCGGUUUUCAAGCAGCUACUUUAGAUCGCCAGUCUAAUGCAGUGAAUUGUGGCCGUUGCACGUCACUUUGCCUCCAAAACACAAACACACGUGUAGUGCUUUUCGGAUACUCACUCACACACUCAAGGGGAAUCCAUUACCAUGAGUUGGCUCAUCGAGUUUCAGUGCAGUGCUUUGUGAUGAGAAUUAGUGAUUGCUUAAAUCUAGACCAAUGAUUGUGAAAAACUUUUGUGAUGAACGAUGCCGUCCUACAUGUACGUUCAGACAUGUGUGUGGGUUCUGAUCGGAUUUUUUUGCGCUGGAACACCGGUGCCCUGGCUCAGCCCGUCCCUGGAAGCAUUAGACGAGCUCAACGACGCUGAAAUCUACAAAUCCGUUGUUACAUCUAUAAAUGAAUGGCAGAAAAGACAGGAGCUUAAGAAAAUUAAUGCCAGAAUCAAACGCGAGGACUCCUCGGUUUGUUAUGGCGAGUUGGGGUGUUUUGAAGCCUCCGGUCCUUUCGGUUACUUGGACAUGUUGCCAAGCAAGCCGGAGGAAAUCGACACCAAGUUUCUGCUCUACCCUGGACACGGCCGUCGCCGCAGCGGCACAAGCCCAGCUGAAGUUCCUUUUUCGUCCAUUAAAGAAGCCUUCGAAUGGGCCAAGCAAGGCUUUAAUAAAAGCCUACCCACGAAGGUCCUCAUCCACGGCUUCGGCAGCGACUGCAGCCACAUAUGGGUCUACGAAAUGCGCAGCGCCCUUAUGGCGGUGGAGGAGGUUAACGUGAUUUGCGUGGAUUGGGAGAAGGGGGCAAUCCUGCCUAAUUACGUUAAAGCCACCGCAAACACUCGCCUCGUCGGCAAGCAACUGGCGAUGCUCCUCCGAGGAUUAGUAGAUAAUAACGGCUUGUCAUUGCGCACCACCCAUCUGGUGGGCUUCAGCCUGGGGGCACACGUGGCGGGCUUCGCCGGGGCCGAGUUGGGCAACCUGAGCCGCAUCACGGGGCUGGACCCCGCGGGGCCCCUCUUCGAGUCGCAGGACCCGAGGGCGAGGCUGGACCAGAGCGACGCCGACUUCGUCGACGUUAUCCACAGCAAUGGGGAGAACCUCAUCCUAGGGGGGCUGGGGUCGUAUCAGCCCAUGGGCCACGUCGACUUCUACCCCAACGGCGGACGCAUGCAGAAAGGGUGCAGCAAUUUGUUUGUGGGGGCUGUCAGCGAUAUCAUUUGGUCGUCUGCCGUUGAGGGACGAUCGCUUUGUAACCAUAGACGAGCCUAUAAGUUCUUUACUGACUCAGUUUCGCCUCGGUGCCAUUUCCCGGCAUUCCCUUGCGAAUCGUACGAAGAUUUCCUUUCGGGGAAGUGUUUUCCGUGCACCGAUGAGAGAAACUGCGGCAAUAUGGGCUAUUACGCUGACAGGUCGAAAGGUCGAGGACAAUUAUACCUAAUCACACGAGAUGAAGAGCCCUUCUGCGCCCACCAGUAUCAUGUCAAAAUUGAAACGUCCAAUAGUCCGGUCCCGAUCGUCUCUUACGGGAAAAUUCAAAUCACUCUAAUCGGGGACUCGGCCUUUAACGAGACGUUUAUGAUGACUAGGAAAGAAGACGAAGAGAUGAAGUUGGGAGAAUCCAUUUCGCGGAUUUUGGUCCCGCACCCAAUUUUAUCGGAACCCACAAGCGUCCAGAUUCUGUACACUGCGUACAGCGGCUGGUUGUCGUCUGGGCUGACCCAGUGGAGGAUGGACAAGAUCACCAUCAGUGAUAGUUUCGGCAAAACGUCGUCUGUGUGCAAGAAAAACCUAAUCCUGGACUCGGGGGUGCCGGUGACCCUGCCCCUGUACCCCGGCGAGUGCAACUUGCCCGGACAUUACCCCAAGAAGGAGGCAGAGGAUCGUGUCCACGACCCCAACCCUCUGAACCUUCCCUUGAACGCAACAAAAGUGAAGAACUUCAUCCCGACUCCGGUGGUGCGCAUCGGCCCCGAAGACUUGGAAAAAGAGUACAAAAAAGCGAAAAGCGGAAAUUCGAUCGACUGGAAACGCGAUGAAGACAACAGAGUUUCCGACAUCGAGGAAGCUGAGUCAAGUCGCGCGUUCAACACCAAAGUUGUUAAGCCAGACAAGGGCAAAGAAAGCCCGAUUAAGGAGAUAGUCGAGCCGAUUUUGAAGCCCCACCCGAACAAAAUCGGCCGCUCACACGACCCUGACCGAGACAAACCCGAAAUCACGGAGCCCAUUCUAGGGCCCACAACUUCGCGCAACUUCGGCGCUUUCAAACUGGAACCGGCCGUGAAGAACGACUUUCUGUCGCGUCUCACGAGCACCAACAAGGAAAUCUCGUACAACUUCUACGACGUGGAGGACCAGAACGAGUGGAUCCCUUCGAUACCGUCACCCAAGCCCAAAGAAGCCAAGUGGAAACGUGAGGACGGCUCGAAGGCGAUCAAAACGGAGGAGAACCCUCUGGAAGUGAUCGCCACGACCGUCCAGUUCCUGCCACAGCGUCUCGCCAAGAUGUUCGAACAAGCGGAGAAGUACGCCAGGGAGACGAUCCUCCCCCUGGUCAGCACCUACACCCCCAAGUUCAUCAGCGAUAUAAUCACCCCGAGGGAGAAGCCCAAGUACGUGCCCUUGACCUACGAGGAGGAGGAGGGGGAGGUGGUGGAGGAGGAGGAGGAGGAGAGCACGACGAAAACGCCGCGGCAGAGCGCGAAAAGAAACCUUGAUAAUAAACAGUUCGACCCGCCACCGGCCUUCGAAGAGGCAAGCACGAGCAAAGCCUCGACCACUCCCUACACCCAUAUACAAAAAAUCAGGAAGAAAACCACGACUCCAAGGGCGGAAACGACGAGUGCAGGGAGUCGGAGGGCCCGUGAUGACGUCCAUGUGCGUAAAAACAUCCUCGAGAUGAAACUGGAGGCGACGCAAGACGACCUAGUCGUAGACGCCUCGAAAAAACCCAAAGCGAUUUACGUUGAUUUACCGGUUUUCGAAACUAAUCCGCAAAGGAAGUAUAUCCCCUUGAAAGACUCCAGCUAGAUGUAAUAUAUUUAUUUUAUUUAAUGACUGUAAAUAUGUUUUUAUACGACUGUUGUUAAUUGUAUAAAUUUUGUAAAAUAAAAACUAUAUCAGUA